CGAAGACUCGACCACGGUUACUUCUCUACCCAGUAAACUACCUCCACCAUGUGUGACGACGAAGAUGCGGCGGUACUUGUCUGCGACAAUGGCUCCGGUCUUGUCAAGGCUGGCUUUGCCGGUGAUGACGCUCCUCGAGCUGUCUUCCCCUCCAUCGUUGGCCGUGCCCGUCACCAGGGUGUGAUGGUCGGUAUGGGUCAGAAGGACGCCUACGUCGGUGAUGAGGCCCAGAGCAAGAGAGGUAUCCUCACCCUCAAGUACCCCAUUGAGCAUGGUAUUAUCACCAACUGGGAUGACAUGGAAAAAGUAUGGUACCACACCUUCUAUAAUGAGCUCCGCGUUGCCCCUGAGGAAUCCCCAACCAUGCUUACUGAGGCUCCUCUUAACCCCAAGGCCAACCGUGAGAAGAUGACUCAGAUCAUGUUCGAAUCUUUCAACAUGCCAGCGACUUACGUUUGCAUCCAGGCUGUCCUGUCUCUCUAUGCCUCUGGACGUACCACUGGUGAGGUCUGUGACUCUGGUGAUGGUGUUACUCACAUGGUUCCAGUAUAUGAAGGUUUUGCCCUUCCUCAUGCCAUCCUCCGUCUCGACUUGGCUGGUCGUGACAUCACCAACUACUUGAUGAAGAUCAUGACUGAGCGUGGCUACUCCUUCACUACCACCGCUGAGCGUGAGAUCGUUCGUGACAUCAAGGAGAAGCUUUGCUACAUUGCCCUGGACUUCGAGAGUGAGAUGAACACCGCGGCCGCCUCCUCCUCCAUCGACAAGUCCUAUGAACUUCCCGAUGGUCAAGUCAUCACCAUCGGCAACGAGCGUUUCCGUGCUCCCGAGUCUCUGUUCCAGCCUUCCUUCCUUGGUAUGGAAUCUGCUGGUGUUCAUGAGGUCGUCCACAACUCCGUCAUGAGGUGCGACAUCGACAUCAGGAAGGACCUGUUGGCCAACAUUGUCCUGUCAGGUGGUACCACCAUGUAUGCUGGUAUCGCUGACAGGAUGCAGAAGGAAAUCACUGCACUUUCUCCAUCCACCAUCAAGAUCAAAAUUAUCGCUCCUCCUGAGAGGAAGUACUCCGUCUGGAUUGGUGGUUCCAUCCUUGGUUCUCUGUCCACCUUCCAGGCCUUGUGGAUCACCAAGGAGGAAUAUGACGAAUCUGGACCUGGUAUUGUGCACAGGAAGUGCUUCUGAAGAAUUAGUGCUCUAACAUGGUUCUUUGUAACUCUUUAAAAGAAUUUUCAUUCCAACAGUAUCCCUUGUUACAGUAAAUUUGGUAAAAAUAUUGAAACGUAACAGUAUGAUGUACAUCACUUGUUACAGUGCAUUACUAUAAUGAAUUCAAUUCUUAUUAUUGAAGAUGGAUAGAAAUGGGUAAAACCUACACAACAGUAUUAUCUGUAUUUCACUGAAAAUUAUUUAUUGUUAUAAAACGAAUUUAUAAACUUCUCUAUGUAGCA